AUGCGCCAGGAAUCCAACGAGACAAUCCACAUGGCAGACAACACCCGUCCCUCAUUUCAAUCCAGGUUGCGUGCGCGGUUAGCUGAACUAGAGGUUCAGGCCAUGAAGAAGGGCGCGAGACCAGACGCAGACCUCUUGGAACGCUUGCAUGCUGAAGAACAGCAGCUGAGCAGCCAAACCAGGACGGAGCGGGUCAGCGAGCAGAGGGCCUUUGAGGAGAUGGAGUCGCAGCGAGCGGAGAUGUUAUCUCUCAAGGCGGAGUGCACAGCAGCCGUGGUUCCUGAAGAGCCUGCCAAAGAGGUGGAGCGCGCGCUCCGCAGCACGCUGCCUUCGGACCAUUCGGCCUUGCAGACACAGCGCUUGGAUGACCUUCUCGCAGCCCUUGAGCGCGAGAAGGGGCAGGUUGCUGAUGAACUGGGUGAUGAUUCUGCAGCGUUGCAGGUGCAUCGAGACACGGAAGAGCUCACGAAGCAGCUACACGUGCUGGAGGAGGCAACUUGGCGGCGGAGCGAACAAUUCCAAGCUGUGAGGCGGCAGCUCCAGGAAGCAGGUGAGGCUGUGGCUGAGAUCGAUGAUUUACAUGCCCAGGCCGCUGCGCUGGAAAAGGAGAACCAGAUCCUUUCAAGGCAGCAGGCGGACUGGCGUCGAUCGCAGAAUCUCAUGCUCCGCCUUGUGGAGGAUAGCAAGCCUGGCACCUGUGCUCUGGCCGGGCAGGCGGAGGUUCACAAGGAGCCAGGACAUUGCAUGGCUGCCCAGCCUUCUAGCGAGAGUCUCCUGAAAGAGGUGCAGCAGGCCAAUAUGGCUAUGCGGCAGAGGAUCCAGGAGCUACAGGACGAGAAGGCUGAUCUGGUCCGCAGUCACCAGGGGCUGGAAGGUUUCAUACGCUCCCGAAUGACGACGAUCGAGGCCAAGCUGGCAGGCAAUCCUGUGAGCCCUUACCCGCCUUCUCCGUAG